AUGGCGGCGCCCACGAAGUUGGCACUAUCUGGCCGUAAAGGUGGGGCCAGCAUGAAACGCGACGGUGGCGGCCCCGGCGGGCAAGGAGCCCUGAAGCGGCUCAAACUGGCCGUGGAGGGCUUCGUGCGGACCAACUCUGAGGGCGAGGCUCCCGGGGGCUAUGAGGGACGCGCUGCUUCGCAGCGCUCCAGGACGCUUGGAAGAAAGAGCCGCAAGGAGUUGCGGAGGGAGAAGCGGCAGCUGCGGAAGGCGCGCCGCCUGCAGCUGCGGAAGGCGCGCCGCCUGCAGCGGGCUGGAAGACUCAGGACUGCCGAGGAGGAGAGUGGCGCCUUCUCAGUCAGCAGGGCUCCGGAGGCCGAGGCCGCCCCGGCCCACAGCAAAGCCGAGGUCAAGGUACCCGUGGCCAAACCUAAGGCUCCCGCAGCCCCAGCGCCUUCGGCCCACAGCAAGGCCAAGGCUACCCGGACUAACGGGCCUCCUCUCAAGGCUGAGGGUCGCCCAGGCAAGGCCAGACCCUCGGCCACUGCGGCCGCCCGGAAGCGGGCUCUGCUAGCGGCCAACGAGGAGGAGGACCGCGAGAUCCGGAAGCUGGAGCGCUGCCUCGGCCUGAACAAGCGCAAGAAGAAGGGCGAUAGCAGCUCUGUGCCACUGAGCUUCACGCGCGACGGGCUGGACUACAUCUUGGGGGCCCUGGAGCCCGGGACAGGCGGCGGCGGCCUGUACGAGAGCAGCGGGGAGGAGGACGAAACGCUGCCCGAGAGCGACCUGGAUGGCGACUGCGAGAGCGAGAGCGAGGACGACGCGGAAGGGCAAGCGCCUUCGGCGGAGGAUGAGGAAGCCCAUGAGGAUGUGGAAAGCGGAGCGCAGGAGACGACGGGGAGGAAGAGAGUCCGUUUUGUAGAUGAAGAUUUGAAAGAUGAGAAUUCAAAGAAUGAGGACACAGCUCCACAGGAAAGUCUUUGUGAAAGUAGUGAAAAGUACAUCCCACCUCAGGGUAGACAGGCCCUGGAGACGGUGGACGUCCACAAGAAGCUGGAACUGGAAAGACUGAAGAAACAGGUUAAAGGCCUCAUUAAUAGGCUGAGUGAGCCCAACAUGGCAUUCAUAAGUGGACAGUUGGAGGAGCUGUACAUGGCCCACAGCAGGAAGGACAUGAGUGACACACUGACUGCUACCCUCAUGGACGCCUGCGUCACCUCCUCAACCAUGCCGAGCCGCCUGAUGAUGGAGCACGUCCUCCUGGUCAGCAUUCUCCACCACACAGUUGGAAUUGAGGUUGGUGCGUGCUUCCUGGAAGCCGUGGUGAGGAAGUUUGAUGAUGUCUAUCGGAAUGGAGGUGAGGGGAAGGAGUGUGACAACCUGUUCAUCAUCGUCGCUCACUUGUACAAUUUCCACGUGGUACAGUCCCUGCUCAUCUUUGACAUUCUGAAGAAACUGGUAGAAACUUUCACAGAAAAAGACAUCGAGCUGAUUCUACUCAUGCUGAAGAACGUGGGCUUCUCGUUACGAAAAGACAACGCUUUGUCACUGAAAGAGCUGAUCACCGAGGCCCAGGCCAAGGCCAGCGCUGCAGGCAGCAGGUUUCAGGACCAGACCAGGAUUCGGUUUAUGCUGGAGACGAUGCUGGCAUUAAAGAACAACGACAUGCGCAAGAUCCCAGGCUACGACCCCGAACCAGUGGAGAGGCUGCGGAAGCUGCAGAGGACGCUGAUACGCAGUGCUGGCUCCGGCUCCGAGACACAACUCCGAGUCUCCUGGGACAGCAUCCUGAAUGCAGAGCAGACAGGUCGCUGGUGGAUCGUGGGCUCCGCCUGGAGCGGGGCCCCAAUGAUUGACAGCUGUCAUCGUGCAGCCCCACAGCAGCCACUCGGGACGGUAAGCGCAAAGAUGCUGCAACUUGCCCGGAAGCAGAGGAUGAACACAGAUGUCAGGAGGAACAUAUUCUGCACAGUGAUGACCAGCGAGGACUUUUUGGAUGCCUUUGAAAAGCUGCUCAAGCUUGGGCUGAAGGACCAGCAGGAGCGAGAGAUCGUCCACGUGCUCAUGGACUGCUGCCUGCAGGAGAAAAGCUACAACCCUUUCUAUGCCUUCCUGGCCAGCAAGUUCUGUGGCUACGAGAGGAGAUUCCAGAUGACCUUCCAGUUCAGCAUAUGGGACAAGUUUCGGGACUUAGAAAAUUUACCGGACACCAAAUUCUUAAAUUUGGUUCACUUGGUGGCACACUUGUUGAAGACAAAGUCACUUCCACUUUCCAUCUUAAAGGUGGUUGAGUUCAGUGAACUGGACAAGCCCCGAGUCCACUUUCUACGCAGAGUGUUAACCAUGCUGCUGAUGGAAGCAGAGGUUGAAGAUUUGAGUUUGAUUUUUUCAAGGGUGUCUGACAACCCGAAGCUGGGCGUGCUGAGGGAGGGCCUGAAGCUUUUCAUCAGCCACUUCCUCCUAAGGCCCGCACAGGCCCAGCGGAGCCCCGAAGAGGCUGCCAUGCUGAGAGAGAGGGCGGGGCUCGCCACCAAGGCUCUGCAGGGCAGGGCUGCUCCACGGAUAUAGCUGCAACCGGAGUGCACUGGCACUCAGGGCCUUGUGCUUACCAGGCAGGCGCUGCGCUGCUGAGCAGUGUCCCUGGCCCUGGGGUGACUUUCCGUUGGAUGUUGGAUUGCAUUCCAGUCAUGUUUAGAUAGAUCAAGAAGUGCCUAAGUGGAGGGGCAGGGCUGGGCACGGAUGGUGUUCUCACACAGCAAGGCUUGAUUUGUAAUCUUAAUUUACUUUAUUUUUGUCAGUACUGGAGAUUGAAGUUAGAAAGCACUGAGCUACAACCUUGGCCUUUUUUGUUUUGUUAUUUUUUUAAUUUUAUAUAAGACAAAGUCUCAUUAAGUUGCCCAGGCUGGUUUCAAACUUGAGAUACUCCUGACUCAGCCUCCUGCAUAGCUAGGAUCACAGGUAUGUGCCACCACACCUGACUUAAUUUUCUUCUUUUUUUAAAUAUUGGUUUAAAGUUUAAAAAUCAUGAGCUUAAAACAAAUCAGCUACUUUUGAUGCAGGAUGUCUGAUUGAUUGUUUUACUGCUCGGAGCACAGGUGGAUUUUGAACAGUCAGUUGCUGUCAGCCCUUGGGAGUCCUCUUGUGUCUUGUGCUGCUGGGCGGGAGCACUCUGGAGAUCUCCAGACCUUCCCACCCAUCCGUUCCCCAUGGGAAGUGUUUGCUUAAAUAACUCUGAAGUCUCCAAAUAGGAAUGGACACUUGGUGCCGCUUGCUGCCAGGCCCCGGCUGCCUGAUUCUAACAGGUCGUGGAGGUGUCACCUGCACACUGGAGCUCGCACGUGUGUGAGAAGCAAACACAAAUGCACACACCUGGAACAGAAGCCUGGGUGCUGAGGAGCAGACACACUGUGCUCACUGCUUGCCAGCGCUUGAGAUCCAAACACUUGCCCAAGCCUUGCCAGUGGAGUGACCUGCUGGAAUGGCUGCUCAGAUGUGAGUUAGAGGUCACAGGUCACCCAGUAGCCAGGCCCAGUCUCGGGGCGGGGCACUCACAGGCAAUGUGGAAAACCGGCUCUAGCAGCCAGGCUUUGGAGCCAGAGUGAAACCCACCUCCCACCACUUCCGAAUGUGGAUACAGGGCAACAGUGUUUUUUCGGGGGCCUGAUCAGAGCCUCCUGUCCUCACCACUGGGCAUGGCUGGUCUGGCCCCCUUUCUUCCCUGGGGAGCUCACAGGCAGCAGUGGCCUGUGCACCGUGCCUACUUCAGGUCAACAGCACUGACAUCACUGGCAGUAGCCAGGGUCAAGAGAGCCCCAUGGCACCAGGCGGCUUCCUCACAUGGCACAGUGAAUCCAGGCUGCACCCAGACAGCCCUACAUCCACACUGCCUCCCCCCCCGCCCAGAGCACAAGUCACCAUGCACCCUAAGUGCGGCUCUGCCAGUGGCUGAGCCUCAUGUGCAACAGGUGGCAGGUUGCCUGUGAGUGUGCAUGGAGCACAUGUCACUGUGUGAUGCUCACCACUCCCCAGUGUGGCCGAUAUAUCCAUCCUGACCAAGAGGCCUGUGGUUUAGAGUUGCUUUAAAUAUGGGGAUUUUUAUAAAAAGAAUCAGUCACAGCAGGCACAGGGGCCUACUCCUUAUGGGAUCGUUUUGUGUCCCCAACAUGCCAAUGAGCUUAACUUCGUAAAGAAACGGCUUUAAAUACGUUAGUGACACCCGCAUCUGAUGGUGCUGCCAGCUGGGUGGGUGAUGCUUGGUGUGUUGUUCAUCUGGGAACUUGUUCCAACUCAGGUGGAGAACUGCUGCUAUGUACAGUGACUAAAGCCUUCUGUGUGGGAUUUCAUAGUGCUAAGAUGUAAAUAAAAUCUAUUUUCUUACA